GUCAAGAUUAUGAUUGUGGGAGAUUCCAUUUCCCAUGGCUCUGAGGGCGAUUACACCUGGCGAUAUCGACUUUGGCAAUGGCUCCGCGCGAGCAACGUCGCUUUUGAUUUCGUAGGCCCCUGGACUGGGACCUUCGAACCUCCAGAGCCGCUCCCACCACAACCUCCUUUACUUCAGGGAGAGGUCGCACCUCCUACGCCUGACCACGUGAGCGGAGGUUAUGCGUUGGACGUCGACCCUGCUUUCGACAAGGACCAUUUCUGUCACUCUGGUCGUCAAGCGGCUCAAAUGAAGAAUACCAUUGCUGCCCAGGUCGCCACGUAUCAACCGGACUAUGUCCUUGUUGAGCUCGGCUUCAACGACCUCGGGUGGUUCAUCAGCGGGCCGGACGGGUUACUGUCGGACAUGAAGACCUUGAUCGACAACGCUCGGGGCGCAAAAGGCAACAUCAAAUUCGCUGUUGCCAAUGUUCCUUACCGCACUCGGAUCGGUGGUCGAGAAGAUUUGCCUAUCAUCACUGACGAGUACAACUCCAUGUUGGAUUCAGCCAUCCCAUCCUGGAGCACCUCAAAUUCUCCGAUUAAGUUGGUUCUGUUCCGGGAAAACUAUAGCUGCGAACUUGAUAACUGUCCAGCUGGAAUCGACGGAUUGCACCCAAACCAGUUUGGAGAAUACCAGAUUGCGCAAGCGUUUUCGCGUGUCCUCAAUAGUGAGUAUGGAUUUGGAUCAAGCGCACUUGAUGUCCCGGCGAACCUGCCAGCCAAGCCAUGUCCUGCUCCUACAAACGUCAAAGCCACAACCGCUCCUUAUGGGGUCGCCGUCACUUGGGACAAAGUGUACGGCUCCCGUGGGUACAGAAUCAAGAGCAAGAGAAGCAGUUUUGGUGACUGGACCGAGACUUUCUAUGCAAUUUCGACAAACCGCUAUAACCAGAUCUGGGUUCUCGAAGGCGAAACUUGGGAAUACCAAAUCCGAACCGACUGUGGCGACGCGACGAAGUCAGAUUAUUCGGAAGUAGUAUCUGCUGUUGUGAGCCAAACUGUUGCGCCCGGCCCAAAGAAUGUCGUCGUCAACCCGACCGCGAAUGGAUUCAGCGCCAGGUGGGACCCGCCAGACGGCGGCUACAACAUCGAUUUGUACGAGGUAUUCUCGUACGAUAUUGACGAGCCCUGUGUCUUCCUGCUCUCCAGAGGAAUCAAGGGGAAUUCCAUCACGGUAAACGCCUUGACGCCAGGUCACAGGCACAUCGUCGCGAUAAGCACUUGGACCGAUCUAGGCCCUGGGUUCCCAACAGUACCUUGGUCGGUCAUGCCUGGGGCUGGAAUGCCGGCCCCCCCUCAAGGCUUGGAUGUCGAGACCCAAGACGGCGUUACGGUUGUAAUGACGUUCACUGGGAGCGAAGGAGCAGCCAACUAUCGAGCAUGGGUUCGAAACGUCAACAAUGCUUCAGAUGUUUUACACUCCGACAAUACUGUCGUCAAUUCACCUUGCAUCGGCAUUACUUUUCUCUUCCCAGGUGUUUGGAAUUACGAGUUCUGUGUCACAGCAACGAACGGAAAUCUCGAGUCUGGAAAAUCCGACUGCGUUAUG